GCAGCGGUGACGUAACUCAGUAACUCAGUGCUCGUCCGGACGGUGGAGACGCCAGGGUACAGGAGGAAUUCGUAGUGUUAAAUAGGGGGAUUUUAAGCUUUAAAAGCUACAAGGCACAAGCUCCACUAUGUCUCACUAUGACGAAAGCCAGUCUGAACGCUUGGCCCGGAAAGCACGUGAUGCUCCCUUCAUGGUGGCAGGUUUGGCUGGCUUGGUUGGCCUGGUAGGCUACAGCAUCUAUGGUUUUAAAAACAAGAAAAUCAAGACCUCUGUAUAUCUUAUUCACACCCGUGUUGCCGCUCAGGGCUUUGUUGUCGCGUGCCUCACUGCUGGUGUCUCCUGGAACCUCUUCAAGAACCACAUUUAUCCCAGGCUGUAUCCAGAAGCUGUAGAAGAAAAGAAGAACUAGAUUUCCCAUACAUGUGUCCAUUAGUCUGAGAUAGAUCAAGCUCUAUUGAUAGGGCUUGAUGUAUACAUUGCCCACAGACACUCAUACAUAUAUUUUUACUUGUUCUUUAUAGUGUCUGGUCAUCAUGUACACUCUAAUGUCAGAUUAAUUACUUUUCCUUUUUUUUGCAUUCUUAUUUGUUCAUAUCAUAAAGGAUAUUUAAAUAUAUACAAUUGUAAAUGAUUGUAUUAUCAGUCCCUUCAUCUCAUAUAAUUUUUUAUAAUUAUAUGCAGUAAAGGUUACAUAUAUAGUACAGAAAAGUAUACACCAAUACUUUAAUGUUUUAUGGAGUUAUUCAGUAUUGUGCAUCUAUAUAUUUUUUUUUAAAGUCUGUUGUUCGGAAAGUGUGUAUAGAGAUGGAGUGUUUGCCACAUUCCAUUUCCUUUUUUUUGUGCAAAACAAGAGUAUAUAAAUUUUCCAUUUCUAGAUGCAUUAUCAGUGUUGGUAUUUAGAUUAACUUCUGUAUUUUCUGUUUUCCAUGUUUUGUUUUUCUUUGAAUUUCUCAUGGUAGUCAUGUUAAUGAUUUUCAGCAAUGUCAUUAAGGGCUUUAAUGCAGUUUAUAUUAUGUUAUUAUAGCAUAUGACCCUAUUCAUGUAUGCUUCCUUUUAAAAAACAGUAGAUGUACAGCAAAAGAUAAAGGAAAAAUAUACAGCACUGGGUGCAAAGGAUUUGGAAAAACUGUGAUAAAAAGUAAGAUUUGUUCAUCCUGUCCUGUGGCACUACACUUUUUCAUGACUAAGACAUCAACUGUUGCAUGUGUGGGUAAUAAGCAGAAACAGGGACUUUUAUUGAUGUUUAUUUAUUUAUUGAUUUAACCAGUACUUCUUAUCUCCUUUGUUUCAAUUUUUUUUGUUAGAAUUUAAGAGCAGGAGUGUAUAUUUAGGUUUAGGUUUCUAGCCUGAUGGUUUGAUUGUGCAUAGUGGCUGUAGUGAGCUUACCCUUGUGACGGUCAGAGAAGAGUUGUAGUGGAAGUUGGAAGUUGGUAUGACAUUAAAUUUUAUAGGACAAAAUUCAGUAGUAUACUUGUAUGUGUUCUCAGAUAUGAAUGUGAAAUUGGGCCGAUAAGGGAGCUGUGUGACACUAAUAUUAUUUUUAACAAACUGAAUGCAUGUUUGUUUCUCAUGAUGUGGAAGUGAACGUAAAUCAAAUGUGAUGUGACUUCUGUUCUUAUUAUCACUAAUACAGAUGUAAUCUGGAUUUAUGGAAAAUACAAUAUGGUAUGUAGGUCUCAAUUUUUAUCUUCAUGUUCUUUUUAUUUUUUUCUUCUUCUUUUCCUUUCCUUUCUUUUUCUAGUUCGAAGUUGUAUUGGUGCAAUUUUUUUUUUAUCAAAAAAGCAUCUUGUAUUUAUAAUUUUGUGUAGAUUUUUGUUUCCUUUUCCUUUUUAUAGGAAAAUUAGCCUUGCCCUCUGCAAGACAUAUCAUACUUCACAAAGUAUGAUAUAUGUCAGUUUUUCUUUUUAUGUUGACAAAAUAUCUCUUCAUAUGCAGUUAAUUUCCUAAUGCCCACGUGUUUUAAGAAAUGUCAAUUUAGUGUCCAUUUUACAGUCCAAGUAGGCUAACAGAGAAUUAGAUACAUAUACUUACCAGAGUAAGUAAAUGUCUCGGAUAUUACUUGCAACAAUUAUGUUUUCAGUUAUGGUGUUUUUAUUAAAAAAAGAAAAAUUAGAAAAGAUCUUCAUUUACCAUAUUUCUGUAUUUUAUUGAUGUAUUGCAUAGUCAAAGCAUAUUUGCACACAGCUGUAGAAAUGUGUAUAUAUAUAUAUAUAUAGAUUAUUCAGUCAUAGGACAAAAAAUAAAAAGCUUAUUGAUU